UAAAGUCCGCCCACAGAAGCUUCCAUUUAUUGGAAAAAUGAGUCAAAGACAUUAAACAAAACCAAACUCGGCCAUGAUCUCGUAACCAAUUCCUCCUCUGAGCCAAAGAAGAAAAAUGAAUCAAGGGUUUCUCCUCCCGAUGCUGGUGAGCCUCGUACUCGUAGUGAUGAGAAUCCCGGGCAGGGUGUGCCAAGAUGAUUACGAAACCUGCAGGCAGCCAUUUCAGUGUGGAGACCAAACAGAUAUCCCGUAUCCAUUCUACGGGGGAGUCCGCCCAGUUUCGUGCGGCUUUCCGGGGUUCGAGAUGAGCUGCCAAGAGGGCGUUCCCCUCAUUAACACCUCACAGAUAAUCUACCGCGUCCGUGAAAUCAACAACCAGACGCAGACCCUCACCGUCGCCAGAAACGACCUAUGGAACAACACUUGUUCUCCACAACUCUUCAACACAUCUGUAGAUACCGACUUAUACAGUCUUUACUCGGCCGCUAAUGAUCAGGAGAUCACUCUGGUCUACGGUUGCAGUGGUCAGACACAAUUCCCACAACCCAAUCAGUUCAAUUGCGAUGCCACAGGAGAAAUAAAUGGUUUGGCUUACUUCACCACAAUAGCCCUACCCCAGCUGCCGCCGAAUAUUAGUAUCACAUGCAACGGCCCUCAAAUUACUGUUCGGCUCGAUCAAACUGAGGCCGCCCGGUUGGCAACAAAUCCCUCCCUUUCUUCAUUGGAGGCAUCUCUUCAAACUGGAUUCUCGAUCCAGUGGUUAGCGGAUAACCAGAACUGCGAGAGCUGCUUGGGAUCCGGUGGAGAGUGCGGCUCCAAUCCAUUGGGAUCCUUUGCUUGCCACUGUGCUAAUGGUACAUUUGAAUCCACUUGCUCAAAUGCCCCCAACCAAAACGGUACUAAUAUAUUCCUUCUUUUUCUCUGCUCCCAACCGCAUAACUUCAACUUUUUGUUAUAUUAGAUCGAUUAAUAACCUCUUUAAUUGGAUUUACAUCUCAAUUCCGGCAUCCUUUAGCCUAAUUUUCAAAAUAUACUCAUCUGUCAUAGUCUUCGCAUUCGCAUUCUC